AACAAAAAGUUUUUCCUCACCAUUUCAGCGGUUCUGUAGACACCAUUCACCGCCUCACAACUCUCCACUAUCCCACAAUGCACCAAGAACGCGCAUUGUGCUACGUCAUUGCCCGCUCCUGGAGUAUUUGAACGCGUGUGGCGCGAGAUAUCACGAAUGAUUAUGAUUAAUAAUAAUAAUAAUAUACUUCAGUGAUUAGUAGAAAAGGACUGUCUGAACAACCAGGAGCAAAGCAUAAUGUUAGUGCAUAUUGAUGUGGAGCAUCAGCGAGCCAGCAUUCACAGUUUCUUAAAUUGAAAUGUCUUCUGAAAAUUAGUUGAGCCUGCAAUAACGUUAGAAGAACUGACUGUGUAUUUCCUAUGUCGGCUCCCCAUCAGACCUCAGUAGUCAGCACCCCUCUCCCUUUACCCACCCAUUUCUCUCAUGCCCAGCAGUCCUUUUCACUAAAGAAACGGAGACGUCCCUUCUCUUCCUCAUCAUCUUCCUCCCUGUCUCCUCCGCGACCACUAUCUCAUUCUUUACCACCACGGCCUCCAUCUAAAGGAUGCCCGCCACUCAGUCGAGUGUUCCACCACCGCCCCACUCCGUGGACGCCCCUGUCACGCUCCCUUAUAGAGUCACCCCCUCCUCACUCUGUGUACAACCCAUCCCGACCCCAGACCUUUUUCGACCAGUGCUUUACCAACCUGGGCCUGAUUGGACGAGGUUCCUUUGGUGAAGUUUUCAAGGUGGUGAGUCUUUUGGAUGGCUGUCAGUAUGCUGUCAAACGUUCAGUGCAACGUUUCCGUGGUGAGGUUGAACGAGCAAGAAGCAUUGCUGAGGCUUGGAAUCACGAGGGACUGCACCCACACCCUUACGUGCUGGGCUUCAUUGCGGCUUGGGAGGAGGCCGGUCACCUCUACAUCCAGACUGAACUCUGCUGUACCAGCCUACUGCUAUACGCUGAGGAAACGCCAUUUCACACUGGUGAGACAAGUGCCUGGAUGUACUUGUGUGACAUGCUUUCAGCACUUGACCACUUGCACGCUCAUGGGUUUGCCCACCUGGACAUCAAACCAGCGAAUAUUUUCAUUACAAAGUCUGGACGGCUCAAACUUGGAGAUUUUGGCUUGUUGAUCAAGCUUCCUACAGAUGUCCGAAAACAAGUGAUGGAGGGAAAGAGAGAAAUGAAGACAGAGGAGGUUGAUUUACAGGAAGGAGACCCCAGAUAUAUGGCCCCUGAACUAUUGAGAGGGGAGUAUGGGACUGCCGCAGACAUUUUUAGUUUGGGUGUUUCUAUCCUGGAGUUGGCCUGUAACAUUGAGGUUCCUAAAGGAGGAGAUGGCUGGCAGCAGCUCAGAAUGGGUCACUUACCAGCAGAAUUCACUAAUGGUACU